AUGGACAGACUACCUUCGGAUGGCGGCGGUAAAUCAGGCCAAAAUGGAAGAAGCUCAUCCCACAGCAGACCGGAUCCUAGCAAACACCAGCUGCGAUAUCUAAGAUCGACGUGCAGAGAAGUCCGCUCUCGCUAUAUCCGUCCACUGAAUCGUAUAUUCAAGUCCAAACUAUCCACCGGUUCUAGACUGGGUAAGGAGAAGCAUUCGAUCCGCGAGCAGAAAAUAUCGUGGCCACUUCCCAGGGAGACGCUUGCGGCUAGCUUGAACAAUGAGGCUGUCCGGUUAAAUUUCCCUUGCGCCAAUUCCCAACGUUCCUUAAUCAGCCUGGAACCAUUCCCCGAUCUCGUAUCAUUCGCUGACCGGACAUCGGCGAUCAGCGAGCUUGACUUAACAGAUAACGCGCAAACGCAUCAGGAACACGAACUUGAUGAUGUGACUCAGAACCCCGAUACUGUUAAGGUGUCCGAUGCAGAUUUGAACAAGGGGAAAUGUCCCGUGCUUCGCAGAAAGAGGGUAUUUUCAGGCAAUCCCAUGGCUUCAAGCUCGCGCAGCCCUUUAGGCGCUUCUGGAGAUUCGCAUAGCGAGGCUUUGGUUGAGCCUGCAAUAUGCCCAGCGGAGACGGUCAACCCGGCGGACGGAACCAUAAGCCGCGACACAGAAGGACCAAUAACUUCAUUAGAGGAGGUUGAGGCGUUGGUUUCCCGAGCCGAACAAAAGUGCACUAACGACCUUCAGUUGCUAAAGGCUGAACUGGAGGGAGAAAUUCAGAACAUUAGGAAAGAAAAGGAGAGGCUCGUGGAGGAAAUCAAAGUAUGGCGGUUUGUAUCGGAUCAAUUGGCAGGUGAAAUCAGCCGGUUGAAGCCUCGUUGCGAAUCACUGCAAGAACUCAACGAUUGCCAGAAAUCAGAAAGAGAGGCUCUUAAAAAAGAAAUCAAAGACAUCAAAGCCACAUUGGUCCGGUAUGGGCUGGAACUCGGGCCUGUAUCCGGUGGCUCGCAGGAUUUAACGGGAGGGAUGGUAUUAAACCCAUCCGACCACGAGGUGAGCCAGAACUCUACAAAAGACCUCGUGCCAACAGUAGCAGACACACGCUCUGCCCGAGGAAAUCUGUUGGGCCUCGAACAACGGAAUCUUGACAAAUUUCGGCUUGCGAAGGAACUUCGGAGUGCAGCCGACAGAAUAAUCGGCCUUGAGGCCGAGAUUGAGCUUUAUAAAAAGCACGACUUCAUGAUUCGGGCUCAAAAUAGAAACGUGGAAAGAGAAAAGGAUGCCUUGCGGGAAGAUUUGCUCCAUGUAAAGUCAGUAGCGGAGGAAGCGGCUGCUCGAUUGAACCUGGCGCAACAACAUAUUGAGAAGCUAUCGUCUGCCACCGUUAUCCCAUAUUGUCAGGACUUCCACUACGUGCAUGACAUUUCUGGCUUCUUGGAAAAGUGGGCUCCCGUCAAACUGAAACUGGCACAAAAGCUCGGGUCCUGUCGCGGACGCAUGCAAUACCAUUUUGCAGUAGAGGGUGAAUCCUAA